AGCUCCCUAACUUUCCUUCCGUCCACCAUUUUAUGAGGGUGCAAGUCUCCUCGUGCCACUAAGGAGAAGAGAAAAUCACAGUUUGGGGCCCUUGAACUGUUGCCAUCAAGCACUUGUAUUCCUCUCCUCGAAGUUGGGUGACAAAGGCAGCUUACUCCAGCACGCCGUUACAUCCGUUUCCCUACAGAGGCAGCCUAAUUACUGCUGAAGUUUUGCCUUCUCUGCAGAAAGCCCAUCGGCAUGCCUCCUCUCAACAUGUUAUCCUCCAACAGAGAAGUUGCAGAAACAUGGACGUUCUUGGAGAGGGGUGUCGAUCGGGUUAUGAACGACCUCGAGAGUGGAAUUGACAUGGCCACGUAUAUGGAUAUUUACACCGCCGUACAUAACUUUUGCACCUCCCAAAAGUUCCAGACCUCAUCCCAAACCACCAACACAGGCCAUCGUGGAGGAAAAUCUCACCUCCUCGGCGAGGAAAUCUACAUCCCUCUUGGCAACUAUCUCACACGCCAUCUCAACAGCGUCUAUGAAACCUCACUCAGCCAUUCGGAAGAAGCCCUUUUAGCGUUCUAUAUUCGAGAAUGGUCCCGCUAUACAACCGCUGCGAAAUACAUAAACCACCUCUUCCUAUACUUAAACCGUCACUGGGUGAAGCGAGAAGUCGACGAAGGCAAAAAGGGGAUUUUCGAUGUAUACACUCUACACCUUGUGAAAUGGAGGGAAGACUUUUUCAAGAAGGUUCAUGAAAGUGUGAUGACUGCCGUGCUCAACCUUGUGGAGAAGCAACGAAACGGUGAGACCAUUGAGCAAUCACAGAUUAAGAACAUCGUUGAUUCCUUUGUUUCUCUCGGCCUGGACGACAAUGAUACAUCUAAGACGACUCUCGUAGUUUAUCAGUACUACUUCGAGAGACCAUUUAUUGAAGCGACCAGAGCCUACUACGAGAGUGAAUCAAGGCGGUUCGUUGCUGAGAACAGUGUGGUGGAAUACAUGAAAAAGGCAGAAUCCAGGUUGGAAGAAGAGCGAGGUCGAGUGGACCUGUAUCUGCAUCCUGAUAUCACCAAAAACUUGAUGGACACUUGUUUGUCAGUGCUCGUUUCAGCGCAUUCGUCAUUGUUACGAGACGAAUUCCAAUCCCUCCUGGAUGCUGAGAGGCAGGAUGAUCUUGCUCGAAUGUACAGGCUACUUUCCAGGAUAAAGGACGGCCUUGACCCCCUCCGAAAUAAGUUUGAGACUCACGUUAGAAAAGCGGGUCUGGCUGCAGUCGACAAAAUUGCUGCAAGCAGCGACAACGUGGAACCCAAAGUGUACAUCGACGCUCUCUUGCAGGUACACUCGAAGUAUAAAAAUAUGGUCGAUGUGGCCUUUGCUGGUGAAUCAGAAUUUGUCCGAUCGCUAGACAACGCUUGUCGCGAAUUUGUUAACCGAAAUGCUCUCUGCCAUACAAGCUCUACCAAGUCGCCUGAACUACUUGCUCGAUAUACCGAUUCUUUACUCAAGAAAGGUCUGAAGACCCCGGAGGAGUCUGAAUACGAGGAACUUCUUGCGCAAAUCAUGACUGUCUUCAAGUAUAUUGAAGAUAAGGAUGUGUUCCAAAAAUUUUACUCUCGUAUGCUCGCUAAACGCCUCGUUCAUGUCAGCUCCGUAUCCGACGACGCUGAGACCAGUAUGAUCAGUAAGCUCAAAGAGGCCUGCGGUUUUGAAUAUACGAACAAGCUACAGCGCAUGUUUCAAGAUAUUCAGAUCUCCAAGGAUCUCAAUGCCAGCUAUAAAGACUGGGCGGCAAGCACUUUCGAUGAAGAAGAUCGCAAGAAGAUGGUUGACCCACAUUUCCAAAUUUUGGGAACCGGAUUCUGGCCCCUCAAUCCCCCUACUACGCAAUUUAUUCCGCCUGCGGAGAUUCUGAAGACCACUGAGCGUUUCAAGAGCUUUUAUUGCGACAAGCAUAGCGGUCGUAAGCUCACCUGGCUUUGGCAACUGUGCAAAGGUGAAAUCAAAGCGAAUUAUAUUAAAAACACUAAAGUCCCGUAUACCUUCCAAGUCUCAACUUAUCAGAUGGGUAUUCUUCUGCUGUACAAUGAGCAUGAUACUCUAGAUUACGGAGAGAUCGAGAAGGCAACAUCGUUGUCCCCAGAGAUACUUGAUCCGAACCUUGGUAUUUUAGUAAAAGCCAAGGUUCUCCUUCCAUCCCCGGAGGAUGGCAAGCCCCGUGCUGGAACUUCGUAUUCUUUGAACUAUAACUUCAAAGCAAAGAAGAUCAAGGUCAAUCUUAAUAUUCAAGUAAAAUCCGAACAAAAGACCGAAUCAGAGGAUACACAUAAGACCGUCGAGGAGGACCGAAAACUUCUUUUGCAGUCUGCAAUCGUGCGCAUUAUGAAAUCGCGCAAGAAGAUGAAGCAUGUCCAGCUUGUACAGGAAGUUAUUCAACAAGUGAAAGCACGUUUCCCUCCGAAGGUUCCAGACAUUAAGAAGAACAUUGAGGCGUUAAUGGAAAAAGAGUACAUUGAGCGACUGGACGGCGACGAGUUGGCGUACAUAGCAUAA